GUACCCUCUCCACUGAGUCCACCAACCCGCUCAUCGGGGGGUUGGCUUUUCUAGCGCCGGCGCGCAAUCGUUCUUCAUGGCUUCGAUGGAGUUCCCCCUUUUCCCUUCCCUAGGUUCCCUUCCCCCCUCCUGCCUUGCCCCAACGCGGUGGCAACUGUCUCUCUCGCGAACUGCACGUAGAGAAAGAGGGAAAAAGGAGGCUGUCGGGCCGAUCGUCGUGGUUCUUGUCUUCCCCUUUUGGGUAUCGUCAAGGCAGCAAACCAGAAAGUCCGACACCAACUUUGACCCCUCGACGUCAUGCACGGUUCAUCAUGUUCAUGUCGAUCCGGAUGGAUUUCCUGCGAUGGGGUUCGACAUUGGGAUUUUCUUUUCUUGUGUUGCAGUACUUUGUAUGGAGACACACACCCACACACACACCUUGCCUCUUCACUUGCUUGCUUACUUACUUACCCAGCUGAACUGCUGUGGCUCAGAAACUUAUCUUGUUUAAGCGUCAAACUUAAUUCCUUCAAAUGUAUUUCUAACGCAAUUAUGAACCCACCGGCAAAUUUCCAUAUCAAUCUACUUGACGUAGCUCACGACUGUACAAGUACUAGAAUGUUGCGAGUGUAAUCUGCAAUGCUGAGAUUAGGGAGUAGUAGCAGG